CCCGGUACAUCCAUUUUGAACUGCAGGGGCAAUUUCUUUAUUUUAUUCUCUCCUUUCCUUCCACUGAAAUGACUAUAUCUACAAGUAAUCACGGCAUGGCAGGCUAUGCAGAUCAUACUGAGCAAUUAGCGCACAUGGAACCGUUAGCAGUAGGAGAUCAGCGACUCGAACGAAAGAUCGGAUGGGUCAUGGGCGCCAUGAUGAACGUCAGUUACAUUAUCGGUGCCGGUAUCUUUGUUGGACCGGCCCUUACCCUGCAACUGGUAGGAUCCGGCGGUAUGAAUAUCAUGAUCUGGAUCAUGGGAGCAUUGAUCGCUAGUUGCGGUACCUGGGCAUUUGCAGAGCUGGGAACCAUGUUACCCCGCAGCGGUGGAGAACUCGGCUACUUAGAAUACUGCUAUCGAAAACCGAAAUAUCUACUAGCUUAUAUUUUCACUAUGUGGACCCUCAUGAAUCGAUCCAGUGGCGUAGCUGCGCAAGGUAUCGUGUUCGGUGGGUAUAUGAAUUAUGCCAUCUAUGGUGCGUCUUUCAAAUCCAAUUGGCUAGAACGUAGCUGGGCAAUCCUUUUGGCUACUAUUCUCACUGCUGUGAAUAUCAUGUCCACCAAGGUUUCGUUGAAACUUAUGGCGGGAUUAACAGCGAUAAAGAUGGCGGUUCUGUCUCUGGUAGCUCUGAUUGGUCUUUUGGUACUUGUCAAAGCGAUUCCUUCGGAUGUGGAUGCUGGCUACAAUUUGUCCUUUCAAGGUACAGCAACCAAUAUCGGCCCUUAUGCCUCGGCGCUUUACUAUGUGAUGAAUAGCUACAGCGGGUGGCAUAAUUUAAACUUUAUCAUGGACGAAGUCAAGGAUCCUAUCCGAAAUUUACCCAAAGCAUCAGCCGCGGCCAUCAGUACCAUUGCCCUCUUAUAUGUCUUGACCAAUGUGGGCUACCUAGUUGUCUUGCCCUUGGAAACGAUGAAGAGUUCGGAAUUCAUCGUAGCCGCUGAGUUUUUUACACGCUCCUUGGGAGAGAAUUUCGCGUCCACGGUACUACCGGUAUUUAUUGCGUUGAGUGCUUUCGGCUGCGCUGCGGCAAUCAACUUUUCUGCUGGACGAGUGCUUAUGGAAUCAGCUCGUUCUGGUCUUUUACCUUUUGGCCGAACCUUUGGUCAUUUGAAUCCUCAAAUUGGCAGCCCUGUCAACGCUUAUCUGUUGCAGUAUACAUUGACGAUCCUUUUCACUGUAGCACCACCUCCGGGAGCUGUGUACCAAUUCAUUGUCGCCUUUGCAGCCUACCCUGUCUAUGUGUUUUAUACCCUCAUUGCCCUUGCCGUGUUGAUCUUAAGGAAACGAGAACCAUUUGUCACAAGACCAGUCGUCGCUCCUUUAUUCUGCGUAUUGGUCUUCCUGUCCUUUACCGUUUAUGCUUUGAUUUUUGUUUUCAUUCCUGUGGAGAACCCUUAUUAUCCUUAUUGGGUGCCCUAUGUAUCAGCGAUUGCGGCGAUGCUACUUUGUGUUGUUGCUUGGUACUUUCAAAUUGUCGUCAAGGAUACGCCCGGAAAGUCUUACAACGAAACCAUCCGUGCCAGAGGUUAUAUGGCAUUGGAACAAGAAGUGUUUAGUGCUUACACGGCUCUUCCAUCUGAAGAAUCACCUAUCAUGGUGUAUGAUCAAAGCUUAAGCCGUAGCGCGUGAUGGAAUAGACUAUCAAUAAUUUGGAUGACAAACACUCUAGAUUCCAUUUUUGGAAAAAUUCCCCCAUUUUUUUCAUCUGCACAGCGUGGAAUUCCACAUGACGUUAAACAAUCUUCUGUAAAAGCCCAUGAUAGCCAACAAGUUGAUUUGUUCUCAUCAUUUAUAUAAAUAUAUGGAUCAUUGGUCAUUGUCUAAUUCCUG